GAUGUCAGAUAUUCACGAGGGUCACCCUUACCGCCUCCACCCAAAUGAUAAUCAUUCUAUGGUGUUAAUAUCCACGACUCUCAACGGAGAAAACUAUGGAUAUUGGUCUACUUCAAUUCAAACAGCAUUGUGCUUGAAGAAUAAAAUUUCAUUCAUUGAUGGAAGCUCCGAAAGACCGUUAGGCAUCGACACGGUGUCUCUUGCAUGGGAUGAAGCUAACGCAAUGGUAAAAGGAUGGAUAUACCAGUCCAUUGAUCCUAGCAUCGUAAAAAGCUUGCCAUGGUUUGAAUCUGCCAUGGAAGUGUGGGAGGAUCUGAAGAGCCGCUUUAUUAUAGCAAGCACGGCAGAGGAAGCAGAUCCUUGCAAGAUGAAGGAUUACACAAUCAUCGUUCCAUGCUCGUGCUUUUUUGUAACCAUAAGCCCCCAGUUCCUCACCCAACAUAAAAUGGAUAUUCCAUUGAAUUUUACUCACAAAUAUGGGUCGGAGCUCUCAUCACCGACAAUUUUUCAAUUACCAACGGGAGAUUCUUGGAUAAUCGGAGUUAACAGGGAAGCAGACACACAAUCAUUAUUUUUCACUGAUAAUUUGCACCAAUUUAUGCAACAUUAUUCAGUAACUAUUGGUUGUGUCCUCCAUUUUAAAUACACUGGCAUGAGUAAUUUUACAGUCAAUAUAUUCAACCUCAAUGGUCGCUCGUUCUUUAACUCCGAUAUCGGAAAAAAGAAUAACACAGAAGUCAUCAGAGAAAAAAAUGUGGCCACUCUAAGCAGCAAUCCAAAAGAUAUUGGCGCGACUGCACGUCAUUCGAUAAAGUUGGCGGUAAAAGGCACAGAAAGAAUUCGACAACCAGAUGAUGAACAUUUCAGCGCGGUCAUGAAACUUGGAAUAGAGAAGGGAAUCUACUCAACUCGAAUCCUGCGUCUAUCAAUGUACGAUCCACUCAUAAGGUGUAGGAGGCCAAUAAUAGAAGCAAUACUAUCAGACCCCAAAUAUCCGUCAUACAUAACAGUCAUGACCCGUACACAAAUCACAGGCCGCACAAAACCCGUAAUACAAUUACUCUACAUCAUAUCAAAUAUUAUCAAUUGCACACGUUGAAUUAAUUUAAUUAGUUAUAUUUCAUUGGUGUAGCUCGUGCCUCGUGACUUCGUAAAAAAAUACAUUACGGACGAAUGCGACAAUGUAUUCCUCGUUGCAAGGGGUACCAAGUAUAACAUAAGAUUGAAGAGAAGAAGCGAGUCCAGUGUAAGGCUCAUUGGCAGAAAUUGGCUUUCAUUUUGCUACGAGCAUUCACUACAAGUUGGCGACGUU